GGCGGAGAAAUGCUCCAGAAGGCUAUGGGCGGAAAUUAGGAGGCGACAAGCUGUUGCCAUCAGCCGCGGCGGGCGUCUGUUCGACGAGUGUUCGCUUAGCAGAAACGGCGUCGGCAUCCGCGCGCCUGGGGGAUCUCCCACCACUCUUGUCGCAUCCUUCCUCACUGGUUAUCCCCGCACUCGCUCAGGCCCUCCUCCCCCCUCCCCUUCAUUCUCUUCUUCGACCGACCACUCUCCAUACUGUCUCCGGCUCAAGCAAGCUAGCAUGGGUGCUGUGUGCUGUCGUGCGCAACCCAUAGACUUUGAUGGGGACGUGAAUCUUUUCCAUUUCGUCCUUCUGAGGUGUGUGGGGAAGGGUGCUUUCGGCAAGGUCCGCGUUGUCCAGCAUAAGCAGACGCGAGACUUGUAUGCCCUCAAGUAUAUCAACAAGACGAAAUGCGUUAAGAUGAAGGCGGUCGCAAAUAUCAUUCAGGAGAGGAGACUGCUGGAGGAGGUCAGUACGGUGCCGCUACGAGUGCACACAUCACUGAGGGCCUCACAGAUCGAUCAUCCCUUUGUCGUUAACCUGCGAUAUGCUUUCCAAGAUGAUGAGAACUGCUUUUUCGUGUUGGAUCUCAUGCUGGGCGGUGAUUUGCGUUUCCACCUCGAGCGACUAGGCUCGCUGACGGAGGAGACGGUGCGGUUCUACGUCGCCGAGAUUUCAUCCGCCCUCGCAUACCUACACGACCAUCGGAUAAUCCACAGGGAUAUCAAACCAGACAACAUCCUCCUGGAUGAGGCUGGACACGCUCACUUGACAGACUUCAAUAUUGCUGUGCACUACUCCGACCGCCGGCCACUUUCAGGAGUGGCAGGCUCUAUGGCGUACAUGGCGCCCGAGAUCCUUGCGAAGCGGGGCUAUUCCUACCAAAUUGACUGGUGGUCACUUGGCGUUUGCGCGUACGAGCUGAUCUUUGGACGACGGCCGUUCCGGGGCAAGACGAACAGCGACCUGACGCAUAGCAUCGUGAAGGACAGCCUCCGCUUCCCCGAGGACGGUGCGAGCAGAUGUUCCAGGGAGGGCAUGCAGGCCUUGCGCAUGGUGAGUCGCCAUUCGCUGCUAUCUUGGGACAGCGCCGCUGUGAGCGUCUAUGCUCUGACGGACGCCUGGGCAAUUUGAGUGCCCAUCAUCAUGUGCGGGUCCGAACUGACUGCCCCGCAUUAGUUCCUGGAGCGAGAUCCGCUUAAGCGACUGGCUGGAAUCCGGAUGAGGGCACGGCUCUUCUGCGUAGUCAUCCUGGCUCCAGUCCAUCGACUGGGACACUUUGGAAGACAAGAAGCAGAUGCCGCCGUUCGUUCCUGAUGUGAGUGUAUCAUUCCUGACAUGCUUGCCGGUGGUCUGAUUGUUCCUGGUUGGCUUGAUCUAGUCCAAGAAAGCAAACUUUGAUGCGUCACACGAGUUGGAGGAGCUGUUACUCGAGGACAACCCUCUCAAGGC